AUGAGUCGCCGUUCAACUUGGAUUGAACGCGGUCCAGACGGCCGUCCCUACUUUGUCAGAAAGAAGUCGGAUACGCCGUCUGCAAAGGAACUCUUUUCCCUGGAAUUGCUCCGCCAAAGCGCUCGCUCAUUCUUCUCAUCUAGGGACUCGCGUCAGAACCACCACGUUCAAUGCGUCACUACUACUGACGGUCCACUUGCUCUGCCUGCGCCCACCUCGCCCGACCAUCCUGCACCUUCAGGUCCCCAUCCGGCCCCUCCAAUGGCUCCUACCUCUCAGGCUCAACCGCAACCCGUGACCAUGUACCUACUCCCUCCCCAGCAUGGCCAAAAUCAGACGAACUCCCGAGAUAAAGGAAAUGGUCAAGAACAUGCAAUCAAUCCACCAGCCCAAUUCAUCCCAGCCCCUCUUCCACCAGGUAUAUUUCCAAUCGGGCCAUUCCCGCCUCACCCAAUGGGACCUCAGCCACCGACCCUUUUCCCACCACCAGUGCCAUUUGCACCUCCGCCUCAGUCAUUCCUGGCUAACCCACCAGGUGGAUCACCGUGCAUACCUACAAAUACAGUGUCGGCACAGACGCAACAAUACGGACCUCAGGUCCCGUUUCAAGGUCCGAUAGCCGCCCAGGGAGAUGCAAGAUACAAGUGUGAGAUAUGCGGGCGGUACCGAUCGGCACGCUAUCACUACAAGCACCCCAUACAACCAGGGCAACUUCCGGGCAAAACAAUAUGUCGAAAAUGCAGGGAGCAGGCCACGGACAGUGAAGACGGCGAUAGCUCAGACGGUGUGCAAUCGCCCAGGUUACGGCGCCACCAGUCGCGUGCCCUUCCUCGGCGAAGCUCAUCGAUGUACAAGUCGCAGAGACAUCGAUCACGAAGUCGAGCUCGAUCAAGAGGUCGAGCGAAGCUAAUCGACUACGACGAUAGGUCCUGCAGAGCUCCGUCCUAUUCUGAGUCGACCUCGUCGAGCCUCGAAGAAGAGUCAUCUGGCAGCGGGAGAGGAAGGUAUCGGCGCGGUAAAACUGCAGAUAGAGAAUUGUUCCGGCACACUCGGCGGCUCCACCUUUCUCCCCUCGGCGAGCGCACCUUCUACGACGGUGACAGCGAAGGACGAAGGCGCAACUAUGAAGACAAUUUGAAAGGCGGGGAAUAUGAAGAGGCAACUGCUAGGCGACCACGAUCACGAUUGAGACAACCAACACCAGGACCGAGGAUUCUCAGAAGACAGUACUCGGAUCCCUUUGUUGGGAUACCUGCAAUCGAAGAUCACGCAGGGAGCCGACAGCACUUUAAUUGGGGAGCAGCGCAUACUCGCCCGCGGGAGAGGUAUUCUCCUCAACGCGGACCAACAUCUUUCCGGAGCGGAUACGAGUCUGGGCCAGUCCAUCAUGCCACACACCACUCACAGGGUGUUGACGAUUCGGAAAACGAUCAUGAAAGUGACCACCACAGACACGUUCGUUUGCGAUCCAGAUCUGCCCAGCGUGGUUCUCAUCACCGCAGACAUAUGAUACAUGAGUACGACGACGAAAGCCAGGAAGAGGAUGAUCAUCGAGGGCUACAUGCGCCUAGUCCACCGCCCCUUCGUUCGUCAUCCUUGGGAUACAUGGGUGAACCAGAGUUGGGCGAGGAAGGGGGUCGACACAGUCGUGCCCGUAGAGGCCGACGCCGACGGUCGCGGUCCCGAUCCCAGGAAGACGAGCAGUCAGGGUCUAGAAUCUUGAGGCCCGGAGACGAAGUGACAGUGAUAGAAAGACACGAGCCGAAAGCCCGGGAAGACUAUGAUUGGUAUGACGAUGGUGGGAUGAGGGUCAGAGUGCGCGAAAUUUCUCGGUAA